GGAUGGCAGUGGACCCUGUGGCGAGGCUGUGCCGGUUGGCAUUGCUGGUUUAUCUGCUGGUUUUCCCCUACGUCUCGGUGACAGCCGGAGUCAGUCUGGAUCUGACUGCGCUCAGGAACAAGGUCUCCAAGAUCAACGUCAACCCCAGAGGCAACCUGUGGGCGACAGGCCACUUCAUGGGGAAGAAGAGCCUGCUGGACUAUGCGGACGGGGAGGCCACGAACACGGCCAGGAUAUUCCUAAAUGUUCCGGACGAUCCCAAGGACUUUAAAGCGCUGCUCAGCCAGAAGGUGCUGGAGGUGGUGCUGCGUCAGGAGGCGGACGGAAAGAGAAUGGGAUAUGGUUCCCUUCCUCAGGGAAUGGGGUUAAUAAUGAAGAUCCUCGAGAGUUACAUUGAAAACAAGUGACCAUCACCCUAAACUGUAAGGACUCUGUGUGUGCACACAUUAUGUGUGCAACAUCACAGCUUUAUUGAUGGUAAAUGGAUGACGAAUCUGGGCAUUUUACUGUAACUCCACCCACUGUGUUAAUCCUGUCACCACCACUUGAUCUACUAUUCUGUACCAUCAUUCCGUGUCUUAUUUAUAUAUUAAAAGAGGAGAAAGAAUGAUUUCUAAAUAUUUCUGACUUUUUGGGAUGAUUAACGACUUCUCAUGUAACCAGAAAGUUAUUU